AUGGGAGAUACAGAGUUUGAUAUCAAGAGUUCAUACUUGAAGUUCUUGGAAGAAGAUCCAGAAAUUACAAUGCCUAUUGCUGCUAUUGAGUCAUUAGUUACAUUAUUAAAAGUUAAACAACCUUCAACUUCAUCAGAAUUGAUUAAAUUGACACAAAGUGCCACAGAUACUUUGAAACAAUCAAUUCCAAAUGCCAUUUCAUUAUCUGCUGGUUGUGAUUUAUUCAUGAGAUUCGUACUAAGGAAUACUCAUUUAUAUCAAGAUUAUGAAUCAUGUAAACGUCAUUUAGUUGAAAAUGGUCAAUUAUUUUUAGAAAGAUCCAAAGAUUCAAGAAAUAAAAUUGCAGCAUUCGGUGCUAGAUUUAUAACAGAUGAUGAUAUAAUCUUGGUACAUUCUUUUUCAAGAACUGUCUUCACAUUAUUAAAUCAUGCGGUUGAAAAAAAAAUUAGAUUUAGAGUUAUUGUUACAGAAGCAAGACCAACUUUCCAAGGUGAAAUCAUGGCUAAGAUGCUUAGAGAACAAGGUGUUCCUGUUAAUUUAAUUGUUGAUUCUGCUGUAGGGUAUGUGAUACAUAAAGUUGAUAAGAUUUUAGUUGGUGCUGAAGGUGUUGCAGAAAGUGGUGGUAUAAUAAAUCAUGUUGGUACUUAUCAAAUUGGUGUUUUAGCUAAAAGUGCAAAUAAACCAUUUUAUGUUGUUUCAGAAAGUCAUAAAUUCGUUAGAAUGUUCCCAUUGGCACCAGAUGAUAUUCCAACUGAUCAAAAUUCUUUACAAUUCACCACUAAUGAUGAAGAAAUUGGAAAUAAUUCACCACAAAUUGAUUUCACUCCUCAUGAAUUUAUUACUGCAUUGAUUACUGAUUUAGGUGUAUUAACACCAAGUGCUGUUUCUGAAGAAUUGAUUAAGAUGUGGUAUGAUUAA